AUGAGCUCGUGGACCAACAGAUUCCGUAAGAAGUCGGAAGAGGUCGAGUCGAAAGAGCAUGGGUCUGUCACCACCACGAUCGUGCCCAGCGAGAACCCAUCCUUUGCGGUAUCUCAACCAGAAAAGGAAAAGGCCCCAAUGGAGGGGAAUGGGGAGGCUUCUUCGACACCACGAGAAUCAGAACAUCCCACGACAGAAGAGACUAAAGAUGACCAAGCGAACGGUGUCGAAAGCGAAGAUGAAGCACAGCCGGAUUAUAUUUCGGGAAUACCUUUGUUGAUCAUUAUAGUCGGAUUGUGUCUUGCCGUGCUACUCGUCGCGCUUGAUAAUACGAUCAUCGCGACAGCCAUUCCAAGAAUCACUGAUGAUUUUAGAGCUCUUGACGAUGUCGGCUGGUAUGGUAGCUCAUACCUCCUCACGACGUGCUCUUUUCAAUUGAUAUUCGGAAAAAUAUACACCUUCUUCCCUGUGAAAUGGGUGUUUUUGACGGCCAUCUUUGUCUUCGAGAUUGGCUCUGUCGUGUGUGGAGCAGCUCCAAACUCUGAGGCUCUCAUCAUUGGUCGUGCUGUUGCCGGUAUGGGCUCAGCAGGCAUUUUCUCUGGUGCCUUGGUAAUCGUUGCUUAUACGGUUCCCCUGGAAAAACGUCCCAUCUACCAUGUCUCCUGGAGAUGGUGUUUUUAUAUCAACCUCCCGAUCGGUGCCGUGACUAUCUUAGCUAUCCUGGUCUUCCUCAAGCCCCCAAAGCAAAAGCUUAAGACCUUGAGCUGGAAAGCGCGUCUACUACAAUUGGAUCCGGUUGGCACCUCAGCAUUUAUGCCUGGUGUUGUCUGCCUCCUCUUGGCCCUUCAGUGGGGUGGGACCAAAUACCCUUGGGGUAACUGGCGCAUCAUCAUCCUUUUCAUCUUUUUCGGCCUUUUGAUCAGUUUAUUCAUUGGAAUCCAAUUUUACCUAGGCGACGGGGCGACGGUCCCUCCGCGCAUUCUCAAACAGCGAAGUAUUGCCUCGGCUACCUUUUUUGCCUUUACGCUGGGCGCAUCUUUUUUCAUUAUUGUGUUCUAUCUCCCUAUUUGGUUUCAAGCGAUUAAAGGGUCUUCGGCCACGAAGUCGGGGAUCAUGGCCAUUCCACUGGUCUUGGCUCUGGUUGUCUUCUCCCUACUUGGCGGAAUCGUCAUCACCGUCCUCGGAUAUUAUACUCAAUUCGCGUAUAUGUCCGUCAUCUUGUCCGCAGUCGGCGCUGCUAUGCUUACAACCUUUGCCACCAACACUGGCCAUCAGCAAUGGAUUGGUUAUCAGGUCAUUUAUGGGACGGGGCUUGGAUUGGGAUUCCAGUUGCCCCUGAUGGCAGCUCAAACCGUGCUAAAACUCGAGGAUGUGGCAGUCGGAACCGUGUUGGUCAUGUUUGCGCAGACGUUUGGCGGAGCUUUGUUUGUAUCCGUUGGGCAAAAUGUAUUCGUCAACCGUCUUAUGAACGGGAUUCGGGAGGCGGCACCAGAGAUUGACCCGUCGAUCGUGCUGCGCGUUGGCGCCACCCAGCUUAAAGCGCAAGUUCCGCCGGAUCUAUUGGACAACAUCCAGUCGGCAUACAACAUAGCUCUCACCAACACUUGGUACGUCUCUGUUGCCAUGUCCUCGCUGGGUAUCAUCGGCGCCCUGGGCUUGGAAUGGAAGAGCGUCAAGGGAAAGAAUAUUCAGGCAGCUGCGGUUUAA